UCUAUCCCGGAAGUUGAUGCCGAGCGCCAGAUCGCUUGCGGCUCGGUUGGGGUGUCGUCUGAGAGACCUGGACGGGCUGGGUUUGCGAAAAGAUCAGCAUGCCUAUUAAUUCCAUCGAGGACGGUCACGCCUCAGCCACUUAGAGUUCUGUCAGAUCAGAUGUUGAACCCUGGGGGCAGAAGUCAUCCUGGCGUUGGCGUUCCCUGGACUGCUUCAGCGAUUUCUACUCUCAGCGAGUCCAGGGUCGGGGUCACGUUCUUAGCACUACAGUUUUGUUUUUAUUGAAGACUCAUUCAUUGGCUAGAGAUUUACUACAUCCGUCCUUGGAAGAGGAAAAGAAAAAACAUAAAAAGAAACGGCUAGUUCAAAGUCCAAAUUCUUAUUUUAUGGAUGUGAAAUGUCCAGGUUGCUACAAGAUUACCACGGUUUUCAGCCAUGCUCAGACAGUGGUUCUUUGUGUAGGUUGUUCAACAGUGUUGUGCCAGCCUACAGGAGGAAAGGCCAGACUCACAGAAGGGUGUUCAUUUAGAAGAAAGCAACACUAAUGAUCCACACAACUUCCUGAACGUGUGUUAUCUCACAGAAAGCCUUAUAAUAAAUUUAGUAAUUCUAGUUACACUAUCAAGAUAAUGUAAUUAUGUUUGAUUUUUUAAGGUAAAAAACAGUGAUCUCCUAUUUUGGUGUCAGUUUUUCAAUAAAGUUUUGAUUAUGGGCAAA